GCUACUGCUGAGCAGGAACAGAGUGAAGAUGAACUUCCAUCUGAUGUUGACCUCAAUGACCCAUAUUUUGCUGAAGAACUUGAGAAAACAGGUUUAAAGAAGAAGCCGGAAUUAGUUGAAAGUACCUCAGAAGAUGAAGUUGAAAAACAGAAGGCUGAAAUGGCCCUACUUAUGAUGGAUGAUGAGGAUGAUGCCAGAAAACACUUUAAUUAUAGGAAGAUUGUGGAACAACAGAAUUUGAGCAGGAAGAAAAAGAAACUCUUAAUGAAAAAGAAAGAAUUAUUAGAAGAUGACUUCCAGGUAAAUGUUGCUGAUACAAGAUUCCAAGCCAUGUUUACUUCUCCCCUGUUUAAUUUGGAUCCUUCAGAUCCAAAUUUCAAGAAGACAAAAGCAGUAGAAAAGAUCUUGGAAGAGAAAGCUCGCCGAAGAGAAGAAAAGGAGCAAGAUCUUAAGGAGACAAGAAGGGUGCAGGAGAACAAGAUGGCAAAGAAAGGAGACAUUGCCAAGAAAGCCAUAGGUCCUGCCUUAUCAGUGCUAAUAAAAUCUGUCAAAAACAAAACUGAAGAGUUUCAGGCAAGGAAAAAGCAGAAAUUCAAAUAAAUGAACUUU